CAAUCCUCUGAAGUUUUGUUUAUUGAAGAAAACAAAGAUGGAUGGAUUUAAAAUGUGCAUCGACGCUUUAAAAGAAAACGUCUUGAUCAAGCUGUCCCAAAUGUUGGACAAUUCUACCUGCGGAUGGAGGCAGCUGGCCACCGCCGCGGCGAAACACCCCAAAUUCCAAUGCAGUGAGAAGGAGAUGACCAGCUGUUCCCUCCAGGUGCUGCACCCGACCGGCAGCCCCGCGCGCUACUUCCUCGCGCGCCUGUCUGAUCGCCGCUGCGCGGUGGACUUCCUCAUUUACUGCCUGAAGGAGAUCGACCACCAGGAGGCCGUGCAGCUCAUCAGCACCACAAUGGCAGAACUGAUCAGAAUCACCGCUCAGCCGCAGUCGCAGCACGCCACACCUGGAAGCCAGGUGGUGUUGACCUGCAGGGCCUCAGGGCCGCCCGGACUCACCUAUCAGUGGUUUAAAGGCAGUGAGGAGAUUUCAGAUCAGACGGGAGGCUCGCCACAGCUUGUUCUGUUUCCUUUAAGCCCCGCCCAUCAGGGUCACUACAUCUGCCGGGUCAGCCAUGGAGAGAAGUACGUCUUCUCCCAGUGGGCUCACAUCCGCCUGGGUUCGAGUCCAGGCUCCGGCAGCAGUUUGUUUCCGGGCUCGGUGAGCGGCCUGCAGAUCGUCGGUCAGCCUCGGUCCCAGGUGGUGUCUGAGGGGGCCGGUCUGCGGCUGGAGUGCCGAGCGAAGGCCAACCCCCCCGCCCAGUUCCAGUGGUUCCACAACAGUAAUCCUCUGCCUCAGAAGAGGACUCCUGUGCUGGAAAUCUCCUGUGUGACCACAGAGCACAGAGGAGAAUACAGAUGUAAAGUCUUUAACUUGUACCACGAGGUCUGGAGUGACUCAGCAGCAGUCAGCAUCGAACCAAGCACGCUGUCAGGCGCCUCCUGGGUGGAAGUUGAUCGUGAUUUUGACUCACAGGAAGUCUUCAGAUCCACCUUUGGGAUGCAGCAGACCUCUGAGGAGUCUUCAUCGUCCAAGAGUUUCUAUGCUACAGACAAAGUGGCUCUCCUGAUCGGCAACAUGAACUACCUCCACCACACGCCGCUGUGCGCUCCCAUCUGUGACGUCCACGAGCUCACCAACCUGCUGCGGCAGAUGGACUUCAAGGUGGUUUCCCUGCUGGAUCUCAACUGGCAGGAGAUGCAGAACGCCGUGGCCGAGUUCCUGAUGCUGCUGGACCGAGGCGUGUACGGACUGCUGUACUUUGCUGGUCACGGCUACGAGAACUACGGCAACAGUUUCAUGGUUCCCAUCGACGCGCCGGCCUCCUACACGUCCGAUCACUGCCUGUGCGUUCAGAGCAUCCUCAGCAGGAUGCAGGAGAAGCAGACCGGACUCAACGUGUUCCUGUUAGACAUGUGCCGGCAAAGGAACUUCAACGAUGACGUCAUCGUCCACCCGGGGCUGCUCAAAGUGACGGCCAACAUCGUGUUUGGCUACGCCACGUGUGUUGAUGCUGAAGCGUAUGAGGUGAAGAGAGAGAACACGUCCAACGGCAUCUUCAUCAGCUUCCUCAAACAACGAGUGUGUGAAAACCAGAAGGUCACCGUCAUGCUGGACAAAGUCGCUGAAGACAUGGGCCGCUGUGCGAUCACGCGAGGACGUCAGGCUCUGGAGCUGCGCAGCAACCUGUCGGAGAGGCGUUCUCUCACCGACCCGAUCCAGACUUCUGCCUGUUCUGCUUCCCAGUCGGCGAGAAACCUUCAAUGGGCUGUCGCUCACGAUUUACCUCAGAGCCAGUGCCUCCACUUUGACUGUGGGGUGAAGGUCCAGUUGGGGUUCGCUGCUGAAUUCUCCAACGUCAUGGUGAUCUACACGCGGAUCCUCGCAAAGCCUGAAGAAAUAGUCUCCUGCUCUGCUCAGCUCACUGACUUUACAGAGGACGUGGACGUGGAUCUGAAGAAGAGCAAUCAGGAUUGUCUAAUUGAUGCUGGAAGUCUGUGCCUCACUGAGGACAAACUUCCCUCUCCCGACGUUCCCAGUCUUUACACUCGCAUCUGUAACCUGCAGAGACUGAAGAAGGAGCUGACGUUCACCGUCUGCCUUCACUACACCUACUCCAACAUGGAUGAGGAGAUACAAGAGCGGCUUCCCGUGUUGGUGGGAAAGCCUCUCGUCUCCAAACUCAACCUGCACCAACGCCCACCCACCCGCAGCUUCUUCACAGACAUCAGCCUGGACUCGUUGGGUUUCUCCGAGUGUUCUUCCUUCGCCUUCGCUGACGGACUGGCGCCCUCUAGCUCCACGUCAAACGCCUCGUUGUUUCAGGAAAUGACGAGCGGCGUCGACUCUCCGGCUUUACUCAGAAGUGACAACCUACCAGAAGAGACGGACUGUCCAGAGUUCCUGCUCUCCUCUGAGCGGCUGGUUUCCAGCAAAAGUUUACCGCACUCUCAAGUAAAUGAGACAAACUUCAGAUUUAGUGACAUGUGCAAUUUUCAUUCUUUAUAAACACCGUGGAAGCCUUUUUUAUGGAUUAUGAUUGAUGAUAAAACUGCAAUAAUUGGA